CCCUAUCAUUUUUCCAUGGAAUCCCAACAGCUCAAGUAAUUUACACACAUAAAAAAUUAAAUAAGGUCUUAAUAUUCCAAUCUACGAAUUUCUAUAACAAGCACUCCAUCCUCCUAAAAUUUUACCUCCCGAUUUCCAAAUUAUUCGACCAUGGGUAUCAAUGACGAUGAUCACCCUUUCAACCGUCGAAGAAACAAUUAUGAUCUUAACAGUAAGAUUAUGCUCACAGCCAUAAUUUCAUUAUCAUUUGUGGUGUUUCUUGUCACCAUCCUCCACAUAUAUGCAAGAUAUGUCCUUCGCCGCCAAGCACGGCGUCAGGCCACCUUGCGUCACCUAGGCUUCAUUACAAGCACCGCCAAUAUCCAGUCGAUGGAGCUACCAAAGACCGGCCUCGACCCAUCUAUCAUGGCGUUGUUGCCCAUAUUUGUGUUCAAGCAAACAAAUGGAAAUAGUAGUGAUGAAAUGGGGUCAAGUUCAAUUGAGUGCUCAGUAUGUUUGAGCAUGUUAGAAGAUGGUGAAAUGGCUAGGACCUUGCCAAAUUGUAAGCACACUUUCCAUGUUGAGUGCAUUGACAAAUGGUUUGGCUCAAACUCAACCUGCCCGAUUUGCAGGGCAGAGGCCGAACCCCGGCUGGUGGCGGAGCCACGGGAGGGCAUGGCCGGUGCCGCCGGAGCUCCGCCACUCCAUGGUGGUAAUUCUAUGAUUAUGACAACCAUUGAAGGAACAUCAGAUGGUGGAAUUUUAUCCACAGCUAAAAUUGUUGGAUCAAGUUCGAGAUUAAGUUCAUUCAGAAGAAUUCUUACUAGAGAAAGAUCAUCUCGAAGAAUCCAAUCCUGUGGUCAAGAAGAUGGAUUUCCAGAUAUUGAGAGGCAAUAAUUAUAGUAUAUCAAGGUACAAGCAUCCAUCUAGCAUUUGAUACUACAUAUAUUGUUUCCAUUUGCAUCCAAUUCACAGAAUGAGAAAUUAGACAUACAGGAGGAGAAUUCUCGAUUCCAGGGGAUGUCACUCGAUUAGAUUCGACAGUAAAAUUUAUAAAAUUUGACAUCAAUAUGAUCACAUGCUAUAGUAUUCAUGUUUACCAAAAGAAAAGAGGGUUAUGUUUUUUCUUUUCUUUUCCUUUUUCUUUUUCUUUUUCUUUUUUUCUUUCCCUUCCAGAUUAAGAAUUUAUUUAUGUAUUUAGAAAUGUAGCUAGGAGACUGUGUGUAUAAAUAUUCAACCAUUGAGAUUCUGUAUGUCGAUAAAUCAAAAUUUAUUUGUAUGUUCAAA